UGUGGAAACAGAGAGGAUCCGAGAGCGGACAUGCCGGAUGCUCAUGACAUAGCAAUUAGCAAGCGAAUGCAUACAUUUGCACGCAGCUGAGGAAGGACGACGGUGCGCAGUCGAGUGGUGCGAGACACCAGUUCUCUCGAGAGAACAUGGCACGAGAUAAAGACGAGGGAUGAUAACUGGAAAGAUUAUCGAAAAAAUUGUAAAAACUGAUACAAAACCACUUGCAAAGGUAAAAGUGAUUUCCGGUUGAGCUGCUUCGAAUUAGUUUACUUCAAUGCAACGAUGGAGAACGAGGAGAAUAAUUCUUCUCGGAAGCAACCAAAGAGAUCGCAAGACGAGUACAAUGACAAUACCGAUCUGUCGACUCGCGUGUCGGUAUUGUUCGAGAGGCAUUUCACGAUCUCGGACGUGCAACGAGACACGCAGACGUACGCGUUACCCGACGUGGGUUCCAUGUUCGCGGAGCCACCGUGGCAGCUGGACCAGCUGCAGACGACGAAGCGAGAUCUGAACGCGGUGAAGAGCCGCCUGAACAACUUCAACCUCGGCAAAUGGCAGCAGCACACGAACCGGAUGAACGAAGCGGGCGACAUCGUGCGCGCGGUGAGGGAGGACGUGCAGGCGGAGCUCGCGACCCAAGCCUGGUGCAAGUUCUACGAGAUCGCCAGCAAGUUCUCCCUGGUGCCGUUGAACGAGAUCCACCGUGGUGGGAUGAACGGUAGGAGCUUCAAGUCCGUGCACCUCUGCGAGGCGCCGGGUGCGUUCGUGGCCGCCCUGAACCACUGGCUGCAGACGAACGCGCCCGACGUGCGGUGGAGUUGGCUGGCCACCACCCUGAAUCCCUACUGCGAGGGGAAUUCGUACGACAGCAUGAUCGCGGACGACAGAUUCAUCAGGCACACGCUGCGGCACUGGUGCUUCGGCGCCGACAACACGGGCGACGUCAUGAACCUGAGGAACUUGGACGCUCUGGUGGAGAGGUCCGCCGAGUCCCUCGACGGCGGAGGACCGAUUCUACUGGUCACCGCGGACGGCAGUAUAGACUGCACGGACGUGCCCGGGGAGCAGGAGAGCGUCGUGGCGCAGCUGCACUUGUGCGAGACGGUGGCCUGCAUGCAUCUCUUGCAGAGAGGCGGCAACUUCCUGCUGAAGCUCUUCACCCUGUUCGAGCAUCGGUCCGUGUGCCUCAUGUAUCUGCUGUCCUGCGCCUUCCAUCAGGUCAUCGCGACCAAGCCGGCGAGCAGCAAGGGGGGAAACUCGGAAAUGUAUGUCGUCUGCGUGAAUUUCAAGGGCAGAGAUCACGUGGCGCCGUACUUGCCUGUACUCAGGCAUUACUACGGCGACGUGCCGCCCGCGAGUGCGAUGUUCAGCCUGCGGGACAUUCCGGACGGUUUUCUACAGAGGAUCGAGCAGUGCGGCAAGUUCUUCAAGUUCCAUCAGUGUCGGGUCAUAAAGGAUAACAUAAGAACGUUUUGCGCGAGGGAGAAUUUUCACAAGGAUCUUCAUUCCGUGGCGGCUUUCAAGCGUACGAUCAGUGCCAAAUACCUCGAGAACUGCAGAUUAAGUAAAAUAGAUGCCGCGAACGAAAUAGUCGGCCGGGAGGUGAUCGAGAGGACCAACAAACUGUUUAUGAACAAAAGAUUGCACAUCGAUUCUUACAAUGAGCGUUGUAAGUGGCAAGACUUAGGGCCGCAAGAGCGUUUGUUGCAAGUAUGGGAUACCGCGAAAGAGAUCGAAUGGCCGUCAGAAGAGUUUUACGUUUGGCACCUACAGACAUUACCGGAAGCUGUAGAGAUACAAACGGGGAAGUUGUUUAAUAAAUUGCGCAGCUCACGCUUUUGCGACUCGAAAAUUCUGCAGAUAUUAAACAGAAUUGAUAACAUAAUGCGAGAUAUGAGCGCCACCGUCUGCUUUCCGCCAGCAGAAAUUACGAGAGACCUCGCGCAGCAGAUCGAUCCGAGCCACGAGAUACUAAGCUUCCAAUUCGUUCAGGAUCACGACGGUCAUCGGACAAUUGCCGAAAUUUACGAACGACUAGAGAAGCUCGAAUCCGGGCGAACGCUCGUUUUCAUCGGCUACUCUUUGCUGACGCAGUUAAAUAUUGGCCUUCUGUAUCUCUUGGGAAAGUCCUUUAAUAAGAUUACCGUAGAGGUGAAUGAUGAAGAAGGCUAUCGCCUUAAAUUGGAGACUUAUCGGCGCAAUGAGAGAGUACUGAAUUAUUUACAUGAAAUUCUGGUCGUGUCACACAACGCACGCGAAGAUAAUAUGGCAGUUUGGUCGAUAAUACCCAUGACAGUUUUAUAUGAAUACGAGCAGAUCCCUGUGAUGAUGCAACUUAAUCAUCUGAUGAUCAAACUAUACGCUCGUCACGUUAUCAAUACGAUAGGCGAUCCAAGGCAUUUGCGGGACGCUCUUGUUCCAUAACAAAUGAGAUAAUCAAUAUGAGUCAUGUUUGAUACAUAGAACAGUCAAUUUUAUAUCUUUAAAAAAAGGACGUUUUCGCGGGCUAAUAAACAGCGUUGUAUGAGGACUCGAUGACUUUUUUGAAUUAUAACAGGAAAACUGAGUACCACGUUUUGAAUCGUCGCAC